AUGUCUCCGUCAAACUUCGAGCCUGUGUCUCCCAUCGACCUCACUGUCGACUCCCAAGCCCGCUCCCACCGCACUGGACGUUUUGCCAACGACCCAGAUCUGGACGAAAAGUCAGAUAUCAAAGCGACCACUCGCUCGAUCCGAACCAAUUCCACGGCCUCUUCACGUUCGUCCAUCGGUGGCGGCAACAAACGCGCGAGGCGGGCUCGCUUUGCCGAAGCGACGUCUGUCUUCUCGCCCGCCUCCGGUCCUGGUGAGAGUCAGUCACCCUUCGCCGAUCCUCCUGCCAGCGGCAAGAUGGAGAACGGCUUCGGCAGCUCUGCAGCUGCCAAACCAUCCGACGUGGGAUUCGGCUACAUCGCAGACAACCAGCCCGUCGAGCAGACGGUCUAUAUCCGAGCUGAUCCCAAUGGCUCCGCUGGACAGCCCCUCAAAUCCGCCUUGAAGACACCGGGGACCGCAUCCAGAAUGUUGAACCCUCUCUCGCCCACGUUCCGAGAAGAACAGCUCCUCGAGAAGGAGGAAAUGAAGACCGAGCUUCAACAGGCGAAAGAUCUGAAAGUCAAAACCCGCGUGCGCAUGGCCAAAAUGGUGCUCCGAGGCGUCAACUUCUCUUGCUCCCUCAUCGUUCUCGCCAUGCUUUCGACCGUGUUGACCAUUUUCCACGCCACCAAAUCCCUCCCGGCGCGAAACAACCUGCCGCCGUGGGCCGCCGGCCAAAAGACUUGGCCGCAGAUCGUCGUGUUGUCCAUUGCUUGUGUUUCCCUCCUCUUCUCCGUCAUUGUUAUUCUGGCGUACUGCCGCGGUGGACACAAGCGUGCGGAGAAGGUCGCGGUGUAUUACACCAUGUUUGCGGUCGGGUGGUUCAUGUUCAGCACUGUCAUGUGGCUUGUCGGCGCGGGCAUCUUGCAUGGGAGCAAAGCCAGCGGCAACGGUCAGGAUCUGUGGGGCUGGUCCUGCAAGGACAACAAACGCCGCCAACUCUUCCAAGACGACAUCCAUUACGCCCUGGUGUGUCGCCUGCAGGAUUGGUCCUUGAUCUGCUGCAUCAUUGAGGUCGUGGUCGAGGUGAUCGUCAUCGCCAUCUACGGCAUUGUCUUCUACAGAUUCUGGAGCAAGAACCGACUCAGGAAAUCCAUGGACGCGCGCGAUCGCGCCCGCACCGAUCUUUACCUCGCCCAGUUGCGGACACAGUCUGCCCCGAACACACCGGGCUUUGCACAGACGCCCAGGACUCCUGGAUUCCCUUCUGCCUUGAAGAGCCCGCGAGACAUGUACGCGGCCGCAGAGCAAGGCACCUCGCCAGUACAAUUUGCCUCGCCCCACAGCAAUACCACUGCAUCACCCUUCAAACUCCAAGCACCACCCAUCCGGUUAACGAGAGCCACUCCCACCUCCACUGCGACGGAGGGCAUCAGCUCGCCGAGACUAUACUCAUCGUCACCGCCUCCUCAACCGCCCAUGUCCCCUCCGCCGGAAGAUCGGAUACACGAACACAUGGCCGCGGCGCCCGGCGAACAACAGUACGAAGCCGUCCCUAUUCCCGGGGCGAACUACGUGCCGCCCAGUCACAACCAAGGGCAGCCCGGGCAGGCGUAUUAA